UUGAAUACCGUGGAACCCAUUUGAGGUUCUAGAUGUUACACUCAAAAUAAUUAAUGAGUUGCCCAUCCCAGAUAGCAUACGCUGCAAUGAAUAAAAUGUGAACUGGAGAUACAUUUAAUAUUCAAAUUAUAUAAAAUUAGUAUAUUUAUAUGCUUAACAACUAAUUCAAAUAAUAUGUAUAAAAACUUAAACGGAGAGUAGAUAUCAUAAUAACUUCACGUAAUACAUGGCUUAUAUGUAAUGAGAAACUAAGAGAAUAAAUGUAUAUUUGUUUAGGAGUAAAGGAAUGUAUUUUUAUUGCAGAGAACCAGUGGAAGUAUCCAGCAGGAUCGGAUACGAACAAUUGCGUUCGGCCAUGUACCGAGCAAAGCGGCAGAGGAUGGACAUAAUUCCUCAAUCCUUGGAAGACCUUGCCGUAAUGCUCGGUCAACCAAACAACAGAAGAUUUGUUCGUACCCUUGACGACCACCCUUUCUACCUUGGCCACGUUAGUAAUGAAGGUAGCAGUUCUGUUAUUUUUGGAUCGCAUCAUUUUAUCCAACUGAUGGAGGAAGCACAUGAGGUCCACAUUGAUGGGACAUUCAAGGUCCGUCCCAAUGUACCACCUUCUCGUCAAUUACUGACGGUCAUGACCAUGCACUUUAGCCAAGCAUUUCCUGUGUUUUAUGUUUUGAUGGAAUCCAAAAGUUCCAGUUCUUACAUUGCUCUGUUCCGCUUUUUGAGAGAUGUGGCUCCACAAUUUAACCCCACGGUUGUGAUAACUGAUUUUGAAAGGGGGCUCCAGGUGGCUGUUAGAACAGUAUUCCCGAACGCUCAUCUAGUCGGCUGCUGGUUCCACUCGGCCAAUGCAAUGAGGAAAAGAGCAAGGCUGUUAGGAAUGACCGCCUUAUUAAAUGAAAACCCAGUGGCCCAUAAAAUCGUAAAGAUGACUAUGUCCCUCCCUCUUCUCCCUCACGAUGCUAUUCCAGCCGGUAUGCGAGCCAUCAGGCAGCAUGCCUUAAGAAAUGGUCUCGCAGAAGAAAUGGAACGAUUUCUAUUGUACGUUGAGGAGACAUGGAUUCAGGGUAAACUAAACAUUUUCUUGUGA